UGCAUUUGACCCGUAGCAUACAAGGCGCCAGUGAGCCAGCGAGAGAGCAGAGCAGCAGGCAGUACCCGCCUGAUUCUUCAUCUCCAACCUGUCCCAGCUUAUCCAGGAAGGUAGCUCAAGCCAAGAACGUAGCGGCAACAAAACCAGAGGAAGAGAGGAGAAGAGGGAACCUAUUCUCCCCCCACUCCCACUCCUCGACUCACUUGGAUUUCAGCUCGUUUCGAUCCAUCAUGUUCCAAGGUUGCGGCCUCUUUGCGUGCGUCGGACGGCGCGGCGCCGACCUCAGGAAGCGGGGCGAGGCUGGCGCGGCCAGCUCGCGCGUCGCGGCCGAGCCGGCGGUAUGGGAGGAGGAGGAUGACUGCGCCGGAGCCGCGGCCAGGCAGAUGGCGUGGGCGGAGGUGGAGUCCGCCACGGGGUGCUUCUCGUCCCGCGUCAUCGGCCACGGGGGGUUCAGCACCGUCUACCUCGCCUCGCUCUCCUCCUCCCGCCUCGCCGCCGUCAAGGUGCACUGCGCCAGCGAGCGCCUCCACCGCGCCUUCCGCCAGGAGCUCGACGUGCUGCUCUCCCUCCGCCACCCGCACGUCGUCCGCCUCCUCGGAUACUGCGACGACCGGGACGAGGGCGUCCUCGUCUUCGAGUACGCGCCCAACGGCGACCUCCACCAGACCCUCCACGGCGACGGCCCCGCGCUGCCCUGGUCGCGGCGCGUGGCGGUCGCCUUCCAGGUGGCCACGGCGCUCGAGUACCUCCACGACGGCCACCACCCAGCUGUCAUCCACGGGGACAUCAAGGCCUCAAACGUCCUCCUCGACGCUAACAUGGACGCCAAGCUCUGCGACUUCGGCUUCGCGCACACCACCGGCGCCACGCCCACGGCCGGCCGUGGCAGGUCCUCCGGGCGCGCCAUCAUGGGCUCCCCGGGCUACGUAGACCCGCAGCUCCUCCGCUCCGGCGUGGCCAACAAGGAGAGCGACGUGUACAGCUUCGGAGUGCUGCUGCUCGAGCUGGUGACAGGGAAGGAGGCCGUGUGCCGCGAGACCGGGCGCCGCCUCACCGCCGCGGUGGGGCCGACGGCCAGCGUGGCCGACGUGGUGGACCGGAGGCUUGGCGGAGAGUACGACGCCGCCGAGGCGGCCGUCGUGAUGGACCUCGCCAUGCGGUGCGUCGGCGACAGCCCCGGGCUCAGGCCGUCCAUGGCGGACGUCGUGCACGUGCUCCAGGAGAAGACCGCCGCGCUGGUCUCGGCCGUCGGAUCCAGAAUGGACCGCAAGAUGAUGUUCUAGCAUGCUCGGUCCUGUGUGUUCGUUGAGUGUGAUGAUUUGUGAAUACAUUAGUGAUUAGCAGUAUGUUAGUUAGGGUAGGUAGAGGAAGAAUGUCUGCAGCGUUGAGUGCUCGGAUUAGUCUAAGCCUUCGGAUUAGCUAGAAAUUUUUCGUGAUGUCACUCGAUCGUUGCACAUCUUGUCGCACCAGUGAUAUGGAAGUGGUAGUUCAGUGAUCAAAA